UUUGAUUUUUCACCCCUUUGGUUCCAUGGAAGUCACCCUGACAACAACAAUCUCAACCCUCUCAAUUCUCAUUUUUGACUUCUCAUCUUACAAAUCCGUGACUUGUGACCGUGACUGGUUUGACCCGUGGAGGUGCAGAUUGCCUGGCCGGUUGUCCUCAGGAUGAGCGGUGUUCAUCGAGGGGGAGGAGGAGCGGGGGGCGUGGCUCCCGCCCAUUGGGAGCAGUAUCUGUUGCACGUGCGGAAUUUGAGCGCCGAAGGCAAUGUGGCCAAACUGAAGGAGGUGAUGAGUGAGGCCCAAGAGCGCUUGGCUCGAUGUCUGGACCAGCCGGGGGCGGGAGGCGGGGCGGAAGGGGAGGUGGGACCCACGGCCGAUGGGGAGUGGGCCAAAUUGGCCGCCAUGAUGGACAUCCAAGAGCAUUCCUUGGCCAUGGUGGGGUUGUUGAGUGUGUGUCUUCGGAAAUCUACAAAUGACAAUCGGGAGCAACUUUUAAACAGCACCGCCAUGUUUUUAAGCGAGUGCAAUGGCGAACAGAUCCGGUUGUUCCCGCACAUUUUUGCUCAGCUUUGCCACGAUUACGCUUCGCACAUGAUCAAAAGAGGCAAACCCAUCCAAGGUAUCCUGCCCCUCACCAAAGCCGUGUCCAAAAUUCAAUUGAGAGACAAGAUGUUAACCAGCGUUCACAGCGACAUUUGUAUGCUGUGCUUGUCAGCCAAGAUUUUUGCACCUGCCCGAGAUUUACUCAAUGUGGACUUCACUGAUAUCUCUGAAGAUGCCUCGGCGGAAUGCAAAUACAUUUUGCUUUAUUUUUAUUAUGGUGGAAUGCUUUUGGCCACGGUUAAGAAUUUCGCUCGGGCCCUUCAUUUUUUCGAGAUCUGUGUUACAAUUCCGGCCGUCGCGGUUUCGCAUAUCAUGCUAGAGGCGUACAAGAAAUUCAUAUUGGUCGCUUUGAUCGAUCAAGGAGGCAAGGCCAAAGAGAUUAUGACCUUGCCGAAAUACACGAGCUACGUCGUGUCCAAAUACCUUCAGCCCCUAUGUUCACCUUACACAGAACUCAUCACUUCUUACUACUCCAACGACUUGAGCUCGCUGCAGACGACAAUUAACAAGUACGCCGAUACCUACGAGAGUGACUCGAACUCGGGCUUGGUCGAUCAAGUCUUAUCGUCCCAGACCAAGACGAACAUCAAACGUCUCACCAAAACAUUUCUCACCCUGAGUCUCAACGAAUUGGCCGUCAGAGUGGGCCUCGCCAAUUCUGAGGAGGCCGAGAAGCUCGUGGUGAAAAUGAUCCAAGAAGGAUCCAUCCACGCCAAAAUCUCCCAAAAAGAUGGUAUGGUGCGCUUCGAUAACAAUCCAGAGCACUUCAACUCAUCCGAGGUAUUAGAGACGCUAGAGGCCAAGAUUACCCGUUGCAUGGCCUUGGAUAAUCAACUCCAGUCCUUGACGGAAGUGAUCGAGACCAAUUCUGACUAUGUGAAGCGAUCCGGGGCCUUGGCCUACUCGGCUGGUGCCACGUCCAAAGAAGAUCCUGCACAAUCGAUGAGUUUCUCUAAUGGAUCGGGAGCUGUGAGUGGCAGUGGACCGGCAGCGGCUUCCUCGUCCUCUUCAGGUCCAGCCAUGGGCAACGGAUCGGUCCCCUAUUCUUGAGAUCCUCCAGACGUCCGUUUAAAUCACAGUGUGGCAAAAAUGUGCUAGAGAGUUGGCAUUGGUAUCGACAGCGGAACCCGUCGAGAAUUAAACGAACUUGCACUGGA